CGCCAGGGCAUUAGAAGCGGCGCUUCCCCACCACGUGGCUUCAACAUGGCUGAGUUUGUGGACCUGAAUAUUCCCCACUUGGCGGAGAAGGCGUCGCUGCAGAAGCUGGUGGAGGCGGCAGCGCACCUUGGCUAUUCAACUGUUGCAAUUAAUUACGUCGUUGACUAUGAUGAAAAGAAGAAGGAAAUUGUCAAGCCAUUAUCUCCCAAAGAAUUGUUUACAGCCCUGCCUCUCGUACAGGGGAAAUCCAAGCCAAUUAAGAUUUUAUCGAGGCUAACGCUUGUUGUUUCUGAUCCAUCGCACUGCAAUAUUCUAAGAUCGACAUCUACCAACAUAAAAUUUUAUGACAUCUUUGCUGUGUUUCCUAAGAGUGGAAAACUCUUUCAUGUGGCCUGCACAACCUUAGACGUAGAUAUUGUGUGCAUCAACGUAACAGAAAAGCUGCCGUUCUACAUCAAGAGACCCUCUGUGAAUGUGGCAAUAGAUCGAGGCAUCUACUUUGAACUUAUUUAUGUGCCUGCCAUCAAAGACUCCACAAUGAGGAGAUACACAGUUUCAAAUGCGCUCAGCCUGAUGCAGAUCUGCCGAGGGAAGAAUAUAAUUUUAUCCAGUGCAGCAGAAAAGCCUCUACAACUACGAGGUCCGUACGAUGUGGCGAACCUAGGGUGGCUGUUUGGACUGUCUGAAAGCAAUGCCAAGGCAGCAGUUUCUACGAAUGGCCGAGCAGUCCUGCUUCAUGGAGAAGCCCGGAAGACUGCCUCUGGCGUAGUGUACACCAAGAAAAAAACCCGAGCCACAGAGGAAGAUGAGACUACUCCAGUCAGUAAAAAAGCCAAGACAGCUUUGUGAGAAGAAGGCUCUUUUCAGGGGAGCCAUCAACCCCCAAACCUCUAAAAUACCCCAGUU